AUGACACGUGACAUUUAUAACUUUUUUAAGAACAGUGCCAAACGCCAAAGGGAACUUGAAGAAUGUCAGCACUUUUGCGAAGUUGAGCCGCACAAAAUAUUAAAAACAUCGCAAACAAGAUGGCUGUCACUUUUAAGUGUAGUAAAAAGAAUUCUAGAGCAGUGGUCAGCUUUAGAAUUAUAUUUUACAAGAAGUUCCCUAGAGGAUAGAAUGUUAUCGUCAGAAAAUAUUUUGUAUGCUCUAAGAAAUCCUUUAAAUAAAAUAUAUUUUUACUUCUUAAAUUGGAUUCUCCUAAAAAUUGUGCAAUCAAAUGAAUAUUUUCAAAGUGAUAAAGUUAUAAUUACUGAAGUAUACCCUAAAAUGUGUUCGACAUAUAAAGACUUAUUAUUAUGUCAUAUGGAUCCAAAAUAUAUAAACCAAACAGAGCUGUUUCUUGUAGAUCCCGAAAGGGAGGAACAAUUUAUAACCUUACCCAAUAUUUAUUUAGGUGUAGGAGUUCUUGAGCACAUAAGUAAAUUAAAUGCAGAAGAAAAAAAAGAUUUUCUUAUGAGAUGUAGAAAUUUUCUUAAAACUUGUUGCACAGAAAUAUUAAAACGUUUUAAUUUUAAUGAUCCUAUUUUAAAAUCCAUUUGUAUUUUGAAUAAAAAAAAAAAAAUAAAACCGCAAUCAAUAAUUGAGUUGGCAAAUGCUAUAUCAAGAGUGUCUAAAAACUUUUCAUUACAACAGCUUAACAAUGAGUGGCGAGCAUUAUUUAUAAUAAAAACGCACCCUGAAAUUGAUUCCAUGGUCAAUACGCAAAUUGAUCAAUUUUGUGCAGAGUUACGUACUGUAAAAAAUUUGUUAGGUGAAAAUCAAUUUGAAAAUAUAGCCAAUUUUGCUCUUGAUUUACUAUGCUAUCCACAUUCAAACGCUGAAUGUGAAAGAACGUUUUCCAAAUGUAAUCUAAUUAAGACUGAUUUACGUAAUAAACUAGGAUGUGAUACAGUUGAUGCACUAUUGCUUUCUAGCCAGGCGACUAAGAAAGCAUGUAUAACUUUUAAACCUACAAGAAAAAUGUUAUCUUGUAUGACUAGUGACACAUUAUACAAAAAAUUAUAG